AGCAGCAGUGUGACAUAGUGCGCGGAAGAAUAGGAGACGAAGAGAUCGAAGAGCAGGAGCAGAGGGUGGACGACGAUGAUGAGGGGGCACAGGAAGAGGGCGCCGAGCCCUGAUGCAUUCGCAUCUUCUACAUAGGGGAUCGUUCCGUCUCUUCGAUGUCCGACGUCUGACGACGAGCACCAAGCACGCCGAGGACGACGGCGACGACGACGACGACGACGACGACGGCGACGACGACGACGACGGCGACGACGACGACGACGACGACGACGACGACGGCGGCGACGACGACGUCGCUUAGGAGCCUCCAACACGAAACCAGCACUGCCGUUUGUUCUCCGAGAUGGCGGACGAAAAGGAGAAGCAGACGUUCUUGCAGAAGCUGCUAUUCUACACGACCGCGUUCUUCAUCCUCCUCAGCACCUUCAGCCUCUUCGCCUUCCUCUUCUUGGUCCCGUUCGUUAUUGACCCCGCCUUCACCACCAUCUUCAUGCAGUUUGACACUCGACCCGCCGAGUGUGUCACCAUCGACGUUGAGUCCAAAAGAGGUACGAGCAAUUGCUCAUGGACAUCCUGUAGAGAGGGUUGCACUAAGGAACUGUACGAUUGCACGCAAAUACGCGUCAACUAUAAGCUAUCGGAUAACACGUCCGAGGGGCCGGACGGGGAAGGCGGAGUGGUAGGAAGUGUCGAGGACGACGAAGGGAGCAAGCGGAUGCCUCGUUACGAGCGUUCCUUAGGCGAGUACAUCGAGGACCCCGACAACAAUUUUGCCGCGGAUGAUGAGAACGGGCUGCCGAAAGCUUUCCCUACAGGUCUCAUGGGCAACGACUCCAUGUGGUACUUCACCGGGGCCAAGCUGUUCCCCAACGUAAAAGGCUGUGGAUACCCUCCAAUGCUGAAUUGCAGUAUUUUCUACCGGCAGUACGCCAACAUAGGGCAGAACUUUAGCUGUUACUACUCGAAAGUGGAUCCCGGGAUAGUCAUCAGCGACCUCGACAUGUGGCAGGUGUACAUGAACCUUGUGUACGCGAUGGCGAUUCCGAUACCGUCUUUCAUAAUCUCGGUGAUAUACCUCACCAUCGCCUACUUCAAGAUCUACAACGAAGACGAGGAAGUCCUCGUAAAAGGUGGCGAAGAGGGUGAGGAAGGGGAGGAAGGGGAAGGCGGCGAUACACCCUUGCCACCCACUAGCGGUGCAUUGACGCCCGGAAGUGAAGCCUUCAGGGAGGAUUUGGCGAGCUUCGGGCACCAACUCAAGGUCGCAAUGGCCGACGACAUCAGCAGGGAAAGUCUUGACGGGAUUCCUAACUCGCUCUCCAUUCAGGGAAACUUGAGCAAGACAAUGACGACGAGUAUCUCAACUCCCCCUGGGCCGACGGCAGCAGUUUGAAGCGACAUUUUCAAGGUCUGAAUAAUAUUUCGUGGAGACCACAUUAGGCGAUCAUCAUCGCCGUCCAUGAAGAAGCAAGGCGUCACAGCGGCCGAAGCUUUUUCUUGACCGAGAAAGGAGCCAAGAAGUUAACCUUUCUGUCUCAGGAUCGACUAAAAGUCCACCCUCGCGAUUCACGGAGUGAACCAGAGGCACAACACUCGGUACUCUCUCUUUUUCUCUCUCUCUCUCUCUCUCUCGAGCAAUGCAAAUCGUAUGCGAAUACACGGCGAUUCUAGGGAACCUUUGACAAAUCUGCCAUUUCUCUCAUCGUAAAUCUGUCCCCGUUACAAGCGCCGAUACUAUACUUGCAAGAUGUCACGACGAAUAUUUCGUAACGCGUACUUUUUCCUACUCGAUAAUCGCGAAAUAUUGAUAACUCGUGCAAGGGAGGCAGCAGCCUCUCUAGAAUGCGACAUCUUCAACGCGAAGCUCGUAUGCGCCAGAAAAGUUCUUCGUUUCUCGUCUCAGUGUUUAAUGUUGGCACGCGGCAGCCGUUAUAUUCCGCGCGCCAGAUUGAUUUACCUCGCACGAUGCCUUCUUCUAGCUUGUCUAAGUGUGAUUCACGAACCGAAAUCCAAUUCGCGAAUCUCGUGCCUGUAUAUCGCAUUUCGAAGAAUCUGUCCUUACUGUCGUGUACGUAGCGUUCGGGUACACUCUAUAUUUUUAAACAAUUUUCCACGAUGUAUCCGCGACCUGUGGAGGCGAUCGUUUUGUCCAGAGAGGAAAUAAAUCCGUCGCUCUGACAACGGCACAAGUCCUAAAAUCUUGAAUUGUAUAAUAAUUGUAAGAUAAAAAUUCAUAUGCAGCAGAUUAUAAAUCUGCCUCUGCAAGACGUCAAUUUUUGAAACUUGUCCAUGCAUAAUGGCAUUCACUCCGUCAGACAUUAAAAAGUUUCUUUUCACACAUAAAUGUUUUUCUGCCUCUAUGUAUUCUGUCAACUGAUUGAAUUUCAAAGUGCUGGACUCGCGCCAUUCUCAAAACGACCGAUGCAUAACUUGCAACGAAGCAUAUACCGAGUAUACGCUCCCUCUGGUUCACUCAACAAUACCGAACGGACGUCCAUCCGGAGAACGCAGAGGGGGAAAAAAAAAGCGCGCGUGGCGAAGUUCUACGUCGCGCGCUACAUGUAUAUUAAAGUAGCUCUCGAGUUAGCUAUGAACUAUUUUAAAGACCUUAAUCAGUUAAAACUGUGAGCUAAAUACCAUUAAACGUUACGAGUAUUAUCAGGUAAUUCGCUUGCUGUGUGAUCAUGAUGUGUCCACUCGCGUCUUAGACACUUUUAUCAAACACACCGACGAAACACUACGUCCGUACCACUUUAAUUAACUGGCGACACGCUUUUGCAAGUAAAAACGCGCGUUUCGCAGUGUCCACCCUCCCGCACCCCGUUGCGGCCUCGUCCAUGUACUAUGAUCUCCACACGCACAAAUUCUAACGUUUUUCAGGUACCUGACCGACACGCACGAAGAAACGUAGGUACCUUCGCGAGUCUUAUGACUACAUAUGCGCAUUUAAAUCUAUAUGAGUUUACAAGACGAAAAAACAUUCGGUAUAUAAUUCAAGGGCAGGACUUCUCUCGAGAUAAUGCCUGUUGUUUUUAGGUGCGCUUUCAGUAUUCGAAUCAUUUCUUAAGAAAGAGAGCAAGAAGAAAAAUAAUAAGUAUUGAGAGCACAAUUAGAAAGAGCAGACCUGUCGCCGUUAAAUUGCCUUUUUUUCUUUUGAUGUGUACUGUUCGACAUGAUAUUUGACAAGAUUGAGCUGCUCUGCACACAAGUUUUAACGGGCAUCCCUGAAAGAGUGAAACACAUACUUAAAGCCCAUUAGUUUAAAGUAAAAUUGUAAUCUCGAUAAUAUCAGUCGUAAUGAGCUUCGUGCUACUCCUCGGGGCGGCUUUAAAAAGAACGGCUCGUCUUAUUAUCGUCUCAAUGUCGGCCAUGAACAUAAUUAGCUGUACGCUACGUUAUGAUUUUAGCGUUAACAUCGCCCGUGAUAUCGACCAAACGCUUGCCGCAUGGAAACUAGAAUCCUGGAGAGUACCUAAGUAAUACUUCGAAAUGCCCGUGAGCAUUUAGUUAUAGCGUUUGUAUAUCGAAACUUUGAAUAUUUUACUGAAAAUGUAUAAGUUGCUUAUUUGUAAGCCUGGAGCCUCCCAUCUCCUUGAAAAUAUCGAUGUUCCAUGCGGUAAUAAAGUGGGCGAGAUGUACAAAAAAGACUAUAUGUAAUUAAUGCUCGACAUCGGUUUGUUUCUGCGAUCAUACACAUACUGAGCAAUACCCACACACGUACACGUUACACCGUGAAAGGCACAUUCUAUACACAUCGGUAAUCUGUGGAGAAAAAAAAAAAGAUAAUUGAAUUGUUUUUAUGGAUUAAGAACAAGUUGUCUGUGAUCUACAAUAAUUAAAAGAAUAUUUAAUAAGUAUUAACAGAUAAAAGUCUAAUUGAGAUAAUAUCGAUAAUGUUGAAAGAUGGGAGGGAGAAAGAAAUAAUUCAAAGACGAUCGGAUUUUAUUGGUACAAGUUGAGCGCAGGUUUCUCGAGGCACUGGUUGAGCAAUACGAUAGUAACAAA